AUGGAAUCGAGUUCAAGUUCGCAUAGUGUCGUUAGUGCGUCUAAGAGUAACCAGAGAGUGAAAUUCAGGAAGAAUCAGGCUUGUGAUAGGUGCCGGUUGAAAAAAAUUAAAUGUGAUGGUUUGAAACCCACUUGCACAAACUGUGCCAAGAUCAAUUUCUUAUGUAAGACGUCCCAUAAAUUGUCGAGGAGAGGUCUGCCCAAGGGUUACACCGAGGCCCUAGAACAGGAAGUGGUUCGAUUACAAAAUGUACUAAGGGACCAAAACAUAGAAUUUAAUAAAAUGGACGUCAGGUCCACUGUAGGUGAUGAAAAAGAAUUAAUAUCAUCCACUCAAGAACAGUUUGAUAGGGAUCCUGGUUUAUCACAUUCUCCAGUGGGGAAAACAAAUGCGGCUCUCACUGCAACUGAAGAAACUCCUGGUACAAUGAAAAUGUCCUUAAUGAACGAUACUUUCCAUUUGGCUCCCAAUUAUUAUCUACAAACAGCCAACGAAUAUUAUUUGGGGAAUUGGACUUGGAAAACUUUGUUAGAGGGAGACAGUGAUAGAAACAGGGAAAGUGUUGUUCCAAGUGGGAAAGAGGAUAGUUGGCUGCGCGAAGUACAGUACCAGUUAAUUCUUCGUCACCUAGAGUUAAACUCCCAAUAUUACUACUUGCCCCAAUUCUUGGUACAAAAAUACGGUAGUAAUUCUGUGCUGCUGAAAAAAUUGUUGUUAACAGCCCUAAAUAACUUCUUUGACUGUCACAAUUCACUGGUACCCAUCCUCUUCUCGCAAGAUGACUGGAAAAAAUCUUUACAAGAAUUUAUUGAGAACAAUGAUAAUAAUGGUCAGAUAAGUUUGAAUUUUCUACUGAGAGAUAAAAACGAUCCAUUGAACCUCGUGUGCAUGCUUUAUAUUGUCCAACUGAAUUGGAACUGUAUUUCUCCCUUUAAACUGUUCGAAAUGACCAAGUUCGUAUGCACGGCAACAACCAACGAAACCAUACAAAACUUUCAAGUUCUUUUGCUGGCGUGCUAUUAUUUCAUGGGGAGUAGCGAUCCAGCAGAUAUUAUUCGAGCCACAGAGUUGUUAAACUUGGCUCACGCAAAAGUUGUCACUAUGGGACUCUUCAUCAAUGCCCGAAAUUUAGUCCCCAUGAUGCGGAAUAAAUCAGAAGGACUACCAAAUAGACAAAAUAUAAGCAACAGUGUCACCAAGACAGUUUCUUUUUGGUGCUUUGAAUUCCUAAAUGGGUGGUGGAGUUUCUUGCAGGGACUACCAAAGACUGAUUUCCUGGUUAGUGAAUUUCAUCCUAGAAACCUUUCAGUUUUAAAUAUUCCAAGUUUGAAACCAUUCAGUUUACUAGUUGAUAUUUUUUUAGUUGAGUUGGAUGGGAGGAACCUACUACAAACGAUAAAACAAGACCAAAACGCAAAAUUGAUUCUAAGCGUCGAGAACUUCAGAAAAGUACUAUCAGACUGGAGACUAUAUCAUGACUUGGAAGAGCAUGAUGAACUUAACAGAGCAUUCUUAUUACAGAAUAAAAGUGGUGAAGAUACAGGGGAUAAACCACCCGCUGAUGGUUUAAACUACAAAACACAUGAUAAAGUGUUGAACGUGCCGGUCAUCAAUUUGGGGAAGGCAGAAAGUGUAGAGAUCCAACUAACACUGUACUAUUUGGUGCUACUCUUAAUUUCGCAUGGAAGAUUUUCAAGGCAAAAAAUGAUAAAGAAGUCUAAGCUGAAUUCCUUGGCAGAAAUAUCCUUUGAGAUCCUUUCUCUCUAUUACCUCAUUUUAGUAAAGAGGACAGUUAAUGAACAACCUAAGCAGUUCGAGGUUUUCCAUUUUUUACCCUGUCCAAACGAUGACGUUGUGUCAAUGAGUCUGGAAUGCCUAUGCCAAUGGGGCGAGGUUUAUAACAACAACGUACAACAAAAAAAUAGCAAAGUUAAGCAGGAUGUUCAAUGGAACUUCAAGAAAUAUAAGUGCUUUCUGUUACAGUGGUGUCAGGUGUGGUAUUUCGACAAUAAUAAUGAAGACGGUGGAUUAUAUUCCAAACUGUCAUCGACCUAUGAUUUUGACUCAUGUAACUUAGAGGUAACCUCUAUGAAUGAUAAUUUUGAACCUCUAGUGGGUAGAACCAAAUACUUGAACUCGCUUUCUGAAUUCCAGUCUCUGGGAACGAAGAAUGUUUUCCUUCGCACAGAUUCCAAGGCUAUCAUGGAUCAGUUUAAUAUGUUUUCAGGAAAUAAUAACAACUUCUCGUCUAUCUUUAGGCAGAUGAACACUCCUAUCCUCGGGAAUGAGAUGGGCAAUGCGCUUGUUAACAAUUCCGGUGGUAUUGGCCAAAAUAAUAACCCACUGCUGACAUUACUAGGUGUGAAAAGUAGCAACAAUAUGAGUUCUGCAUACAAUCUCUCUCCCCAGGGCAGGAAACAAGAAGAAUCUGAUGAUGGUUAUGCCGAGGACGACGACGAGGACGAUGAAUCAGGUCCGUUGGAGAUCCCGUUUAGAAGGAGAGGAUCUCUCUUUCAACAGCGGCAUAUACAGCCGCCACAGGACAAAACCUUUGAAUACGACCGUAAUGCGUCCAACGAUCAGCGGCAGAGCGUCGAUCAUAUAAUUUUAGAGAAUAAAGAAGGUUCCGUGAUGGCGGCUGAUCAAUAUGAGAUCAACUCUCGAAACGGUACGAUAAAGAGGCCCAAAAGUAGGAACGCCGAGAGCAGAUAUCCGAAAAAAAGACUGAAGCAUGACCAGGACCUAGGCACUGCUUCUAGCAAUGUGACAGUUCUCAAUGUUUUGCGAAGCCCAGCCACUAGCGAGCCCAGGCCGCUCCCCCAACUUCUGACUCAGGGACAAGACCAAGAGCAGCAACAGUCUGCUGGCCAACUUCCACCACCAGAACCGGUCCAUCCGCAGUUUUCCCCACCAGCCUCCACGAGCAUGGCUCUAAUCCGGUCACCGUUUGCAUCUACGUUGGUACUACAGGAGAAUUUUCUCAACUACAACGGAUCAAACCUCAACAUGAGGUCUUCCGAAAACCUGGCAGGCCCUCUUGUGGAAACACCACGGACUUUUGUGGACAUGAUGCUCAUCCCUCAAGGCAACAACGCCGAGAGAAACGAUGACACAAAUGCAAGUAGCGGAACGCAUAACUACUCUGCGAACAACAAAAAUCCAAACACCUCUGGACCAUGCAGCACCAAUAUCAGUGCCAGUAACAGUCCUGCGCAGUGA